AAAGUGCUGGCCGGAGUGACGGAUGCUCAAAAGUUCCGAAGUUUUCCCCAUGCUUCCUUAAGCGGCCGGCGCGCGAGCCUGAAAAAAGCGGACGCGGGCCCGGGACGGCGCCGGCGCCCCUCCCCCGGCGCCCGGCUCGCUCGCCUCGGCCGCAGGCCGCGGGUCGCCGCGUCCCCGGGAAAGGCGCAGGGCGGGCGGCGAGAAGGGGCGCCUUUGCGGUCUGAGUUUUGGCGUGUCCUCCCCGCCCGCGCCUGGGAGUUCCCGCGCGAGUUCCUCCGGCCGUCGCUGCGUCCUCCCCGGCUCCCGCCUCUCGCAGCGCCCUCCUCGGCGGCCCGGAGCGAGCGGGGAGGCCGGCCGGGCGGCCCGGGGCCCGAGCGGGCGGCGGCGGCGGCGGCGGCCAUGCAGGCGCGCUACUCCGUGUCCAGCCCCAACUCCCUGGGAGUGGUGCCCUAUCUCGGCGGCGAGCAGAGCUACUACCGCGCGGCGGCGGCGGCGGCCGGGGGCGGCUACGCGGCCAUGCCGGCGCCCAUGAGCGUGUACUCGCACCCGGCGCACGCCGAGCAGUACCCGGGCGGCAUGGCGCGCGCCUACGGGCCUUAUACGCCGCAGCCGCAGCCCAAGGACAUGGUGAAACCGCCCUACAGCUACAUUGCGCUCAUCACCAUGGCCAUUCAGAACGCCCCGGACAAGAAGAUCACCCUGAACGGCAUCUACCAGUUCAUCAUGGACCGCUUCCCCUUCUACCGGGAUAACAAGCAGGGCUGGCAGAACAGCAUCCGCCACAACCUCUCGCUCAACGAGUGCUUCGUCAAGGUGCCCCGCGACGACAAGAAGCCCGGCAAGGGCAGCUACUGGACCCUGGACCCCGACUCCUACAACAUGUUCGAGAACGGCAGCUUCCUGCGGCGGCGGCGGCGCUUCAAGAAGAAGGACGCGGUGAAGGACAAGGAGGAGAAGGACCGGCUGCACCUCAAGGAGCCGCCGCCGCCCGCGCCUGGCCGCCAGGCGCCCCCCGCGCCGCCGGAGCAGGCCGAGGCUGGCGCGCCCGGCCCGCAGCCGCCGCCCGUGCGCGUGCAGGACAUCAAGACCGAGAACGGUACGUGCUCCUCGCCGCCCCAGCCCCUGUCCCCGGCUGCCGCAGCCGCUGCCGCCGCCGUGCCCAAGAUCGAGAGCCCCGACAGCAGCAGCAGCAGCCUGUCCAGCGGGAGCAGCCCCCGCGGCGGCCUGCCGUCGGCGCGCCCGCUCAGCCUGGAUGGCGCCGAGCACCCACCGUCCGCGCCGCCCGCGCAGCCCCCGCCACCGCCGCCGCACCAUGGCCAGGGCUUCAGCGUGGACAACAUCAUGACGUCGCUGCGGGGGUCGCCGCAGGGCCCGGCGGCCGAGCUGGGCUCCAGCCUCCUGGCCGCCGCCGCGUCCGCGCGCCCCGGCCUCGCGCCCCCGCUCGCGCUGGGUGCCUACUCGCCGGGCCCGAGCUCUCUCUACAGCUCCCCUUGCAGCCAGGGCUCCAGCGCGGGCAGCUCGGGCGGAGGUGCAGGCGGCGGGGGCGCGGGCGGUGGGGGUGCGGGCGGCGGGGGCGCGGGGGGCGCCGGGACCUAUCACUGCAACAUGCAGGCCAUGAGCCUGUACGCGGCCGGCGAGCGCGGCGGCCACUUGCAGGGCGCGCCCGGGGGCGCGGGCGGCUCCGCGGUGGACGACCCCCUGCCCGACUACUCUCUGCCCCCGGUCACCAGCAGCAGCUCCUCGUCCCUGAGUCACGGCGGCGGCGGGGGCAGCCAGGAGACUGGCCACCACCCUGCGGCUCACCAAGGCCGCCUCACCUCGUGGUACCUGAACCAGGCAGCAGGAGACCUGGGCCAUUUGGCGAGCGCCGCGGCGGCGGCGGCUGCCGCAGGCUACCCCGGGCAGCAGCAGAACUUCCACUCGGUGCGGGAGAUGUUCGAGUCGCAGAGGAUCGCCUUGAACAACUCGCCGGUGAACGGGAAUAGUAGCUGUCAGAUGGCCUUCCCUUCCAGCCAGUCUCUGUACCGCACGUCCGGGGCUUUCGUCUACGACUGCAGCAAGUUUUGACACACCCCUCUGCCCAGCAGGCCCCAUACCGGACCGAAUCGAACCCCCAAGCAGUAACGGCCCAAAGAACCUACCGAUGCAAAAUCGAAACCAAAAAAAAUCUGAUUGAAAAAAAAAAAACAAAAAACUUGAAAAACAUUCUUCAUGCCAGCGAACUGAAUCUCUCCAAAAAUUCAA